AUGGCCUCUUCUGAUGACUCCUCAGAUCUUUCCUCGGUACCAUCUGAGGAUGAAAGUUUACAAUUAACGAAAACAGAUGGCAUUCUUAAAUUCUUCUCAAAAGCCCCAAAACCCAGUGCAGCACGCAAAAUCGAGGCAUCUCCACCACGACCAAAGAGAGAACCGUCACCACCUCAUGAAUAUGUCUUAGCAGAUAACCCAGACAUUGCCUUUAUCGUCAUGUUCCGUGCCCGGUUCACUGAAGCUUUUCCAAAAUCCCUACCCAAUUUCGGACCCCAGGAAUUAGAGCGCGCUGUUGUCGAUACUACACCUGGAGAGCAUGCGGAACAAUUUCUUUGCGCAUUGCUGGGGCUACUUCUAAAUAGAAAGCAGGAUGUGAAAGCCGGACACUAUAAUCGCGCCCUCGAGGAGGCUGUUCAGACGCAUAAACUACAAUGGGCGAAGGACUGGGAAAGCAAAAACCCUCUUUCUGGUGGAGCUACAUUCACUUCCAUGUCUCCCACGGAGCGGCUUACCCUUCUACGCACUCUCAUCCUCUGGUCCUUGGCUUCCUCAGAUGUGGUUAAGGGCAUGAUCACAGCCUCUUACAAACAAACUCGCCAUGAAGAUGAUCUAAAUCAACCACUUUCCGUACAACCCUGGGGUUCAGAUGCCGAUCGACGUCGCUACUAUCUGAUUGAGGGUCUGGAUGAUACACACUUCAGAGUCUACAGAGAGAGCAAUUACACAGGCUUAAAGAGAACUUGGUGGAGUGUCGCAAGUGAUAUAGACGAGUUGAAAUUAUUAGCAGAGAAACUGAUCAAGGACGAUGGUGGUCAGAAGGCCAGAACGCUGAGUGCGAAAAUGCUUGCGGCAGUCCCACGGUUCGAAGCAACUGAAGAGAAACGAAAGAGAAGAGAAUACCGACAAGCUCGUAAAGAGCAAUUCAAACGUCCUGAACCAAACUUCUCCAUGUAUGAAGGUCGUACCAGAGGAAAGCGCAUGAAGUACACGUAUUCAGAUGAUGAAGAUGAGGUUUUUUCUGAUACUACUGGAUCCCGUCGUUCUACUCGAAACACUGGUAAUCACACACCAGCUGAGCCAGCUGGGCCUACUGUCACAUUGAGUGGUCGUCAGGUCAGAUCCCGUGUUGGUGGAGCCUAUGGUGAAAGUGUUCUGAGUGGAACACAUGCCCUCGCAGAAAGUCUUGGAGAUGUCGAGCUGGGUGAAGAAUCGGAGGAAGUGACCUCUAGACCACGCCGUGCUGCUGCCUCCAGCCGUGGACGUGAUUGGGCGUCUAAGGGAAAGCAUAUUGAAGGAUAUAAUUCAGUGGACGAUAUGGAAGACGAUGAGGAGGAUGAUGCUAGUGAGCAAGACUAUGGCGAUGACGAAGAAGAAGACGAUCAAGUCUCUCUGGCAAGCGAUAUGGACAAGAUGGAAGAGGAGAAUGACGAGAACGAAGACAUGGAGGAUGGCAAUGACGAGAAGAAGAGUUUAAUUGUCAAGCUUCCGAUCAAAACGCCAACCCCUGAGAAGAAGACUACGAUCAAGCUCCAGUUGAGCCCCCGGACCGAGUCGAACUCGGACAGUAUGGUCCCUCGAAAAGUUGUUAGCCCAAAUACAUCUUUGGAAUUCAAUAACGAGGAGAAAUCUGUUUUGACCGAAGCCGACAACAAAACUAAGCCCAUCUCCAUCACAACGAAAUCGAUUUCGACCCAACUCUCGCCUUCUCUCACUUUCCGCGGUAGUCCUGAAAAAGCGUCUACUCUACCACCAUCAAUAAAUGUUGGUCACGGUGGUUCUUAA